UUAAUCUUUCUCCGUACUCACAUGAAUCAACAGCACUACACAUCCUUCAACCCAGAAAUACAUGUAAAGUGAAAUCUGGAGAAAAUAAAAAGAUUAAGAGAAAGUGGAGAGACAUAGAGGUUAGUGCUCUGCUUUUCAAGAAUAGAAAAUUGGGUUUCCCUCAGAUUUGAUUAUAAGAUUUGUUUUGUGGCGAAGAGCUUUGGGGAAUCUUUUUCCCAGGCUCCUCUGUUUCUGGAGCUGUUACUGGUAGUACUCGAGUUUCGGGCCAACCAAGUUAUCGGAAUUCCAGCUUUGAAGUUCAGAUCCACGUGAAAGCAGCUCAUGUUUUCUGGGUGAUCACUUUGUUAAAUUUGAUGAAGUUUUCCUAGAAAAUAUUUUUUUCCAAGAGUUACUUUCUUGGGAAACUAACAGAGUUUGUUUCGUAGUGGAUCCUUCUAGGCACUUUAAUACUAACUACUGAUCUGAUUGAAAACUUUCCUUUUUUACUGAUUGAGAAGGGAAUGGAAUCAGAUCUUCAACGCCGGAAUCAUUAUCAUCAACCUCAACAACAUCAAAAACAGAUGAACUCUGGCUUGACGAGGUACCAAUCUGCACCCAGUUCAUAUUUUUCGAGUAUUUUGGACAAAGAUUUCUGUCAGGAGAUUCUAAACCGGCCGUCGAGUCCCGAAACAGAACGAAUUAUCGCCCGGUUUCUAUCGAGCGGUGACGAUGCCGGUGGCGGAACCGGGGAUAAUCCGGAGAACGUUUCCGACCAGAAUCUCGGCUCGAUAGUGAAAAUCGAGCCGCAGAUUAUGACGCAAAUGAAUAAUCAAACCGGGGUCAUUCAUCCGCAACAGCAGCAGGGGAGCUAUUCCUCUGUUCCACUGAAUUUUUAUCAAAGCCAACCAAAUUCAACCAUGGAUUACCGGGUUCCGAGCUCGACGAAAAUGGAAAAUUGCAAUAAUUCGAGUCUUAUUCGGCAUAGCAGCUCCCCUGCAGGGCUAUUCUCAAAUAUCAACAUUGAAAAUAGCUAUUAUGGAAGCAUUAAUAGCAGUAACAUAGAAUCAGCACUUCCUCCGGCAAGCAGGCCGCCUCCCUCUAGGGUAAUGAGUCCGAAACCGAGCUCCGACAACGCUGGACUACUGAGUCAAAAUCUUCACAACAGUUAUUCCUCGGGGUUUCAGGUUUCUUCUUGGGACGACUCGAUGAUGGUUUCCAAUAACAUGUCCGGCGAAAAAGGACUCAACAAAGACGAUCAAUCGAUUUCCGGCUUCGAUUUCGACAGAACAGAAACUCAGAACACUAUGGGGGUCGGAAACCAUCCGCCGCCGCUUUUGUCUCAUCAUUUGAGUUUACCGAAGAGUUUGCCGGAUAUGUCGGCCAUCGAGAAUCUGCUGCAGUAUCAGGAUUCGGUUCCGUGCAGGAUCCGGGCCAAGAGAGGGUUUGCCACUCACCCUAGAAGCAUUGCUGAGAGGGUUAGAAGAACCAAAAUAAGCGAACGCAUGAGGAAGCUCCAAGACCUUGUCCCAAACAUGGAUAAGCAAACAAACACUGCCGACAUGUUAGAUUUGGCUGUUGAUUAUAUCAAAGACCUUCAAAAACAAGUGGAGACACUCUCGGAGAAUCGAGCAAGGUGUUCAUGUGGUUACAAGCAGCAGCAAUAAUAUUUAUCUAAAAUCCAAACUCUUGAAAUUAUGAUAGAAACAGAUUCCACUGUAGCCACGUGUUUUUUAUGUUGUAAUUAUGAUAGGACUUUUAACGUUUAAUUGCUCUUUGCUUGCUUUUCUUUA